AUGUGCCAGAGGAAGAGCGGGAGGCAGAAGAUACAGCACUCACAGUCCUUCCUAGCCCAUCCUCCUCCUCCUCCACUCCUCCACCCCCCUGCUGUGCCAAACCCUUCUGUGCAACUUUCUUUCCAGCCUUCUUCCCCUCCCCACCUUGCUUUUUCUUCCCUGUUCCUCCCUCCCCUGCCGCUCUCUCUCCCCUCUCCCCCUUAUCCCCCUCUGCAUUCCCCUCCUGGGACCCUUUUUUCCCGGCCUUCCCCUUCUUGCCUUCCUUCCCUGAACCAGCCGAUUCCGAUGAUGAAACUGCGCCCAGCCUCUGCCCCUCCAAAGCUUCUCCCUCCCAUCUCUCCCCUCUCUGCCCUCGCUCGCCCCUAUCAGCCCCCACGCUCUCAUCCCAGUGCACAUGCAUCUGCCGCUGCUGCCGACCCACACCAGGCGACUUCUGAGCGCCCUCAUACGAGCCAGCGGCAAACCCUCCUGCUCCCCGCCCCUUCUGAGGCGAUUCAAAAGAGGGCUUCUGCGGACCCGAUGCAUACAGGCCCCCCAGCAGCAGCUUUCCCAGCAGGCACUGCAGCAGCACCCUUAGCGCCUGCCUGCUUACCUCCCUUGACAAACGGCAUCUUCACAACCCCCCCUCCUUUCCCCCCUCCCCCUCCCCCUCCCCCUCCCCCUCCCCCUCCCCCUCCCCCUCCCCCUCCCCCUCCCCCUCCCCCUCCCCCUCCCCCUCCCCCUCUUAUCGCCCGAAGAGCAGCAGCAGCAGAAUGCAACGAGGAGCGAGAGGCCUUCAAGAGAGUCGAUUAG